AUGAGCCGGGCGCGGCUGGCCGCCUUCGAGAAGGAGCAGCUCUGGAGGGUCCUGCAGGCCUUGGGCUUCCAGCCCGGCCCGGCCGCCGCCGCCGGGGCCAAGAUCGAGACGCACACGCACCUCGGCGCGAACAUGUUUGACAAGCCGAACCAUCAUGCCUUUGAAGUAGUUUCUUAUUUUCUGUUUCAAACACUGGACCAGUCUCUCACCAAAAAUGUUUUCAAACAUUGCUGGCCUCCAUUUGAUCAAAAACGGAAUGCUGAAUUUCGGAAACAUUGCUGUGAAUGGUUAAAAAAGAUAUCUGCUGAAUGUGGAAGCAGCUUUCCUCCUGUUGUUGGUUCGAUAUUUCUUUCUCCUGGUGGUUCUAAAUUUAUUCAUCUCAUGUAUCAUUUUGCAAAAUUUGUUGCAGUAAAGUACAUCAAAUCUAAUUCUAAAAAUUCUUCCACAUCUUCCAUAGAGAUAUUUAAUGAAAAGUCACAAAAUUUGCACAGGUGCAUUGCCAGAUGCCAUGUAGCACGUAACAGAUUUUUACAUACUUUGCAAAAACAAGAUUGUGUUACCAGAACAUAUCAGGAAAAUACACAAUUCUUAGUUAAACAAAUUCGAAGUUUGAGAGCAGAGUAUAUAGCAUAUCAAAAUCAAAUACAAAACAUGGAACCCUAUGACGAACAAAUUAAUAUACAAGAGAAAAUUGUAAAGGUUCGAUCUUUGUGGGCUUCAGUGAUUGAAACACUGGAGUUUUUGGAUAAAGAGAGAGAAGUUGUUAGUUCAGUUCUUAGUCUUGAUAACAAUUAUGUCUUAGAUGGAACUGAUGUCACGAUUAAUAUUCCAACUCUCUUAAUUGACAAAAUUGGGAAACAGUUUAAACAGUUGCACAUAGGAACUAUUUAUGAAUCUGAAAAAUUGAACUUCUUGACCGUUAUUCAGUUAUUAAAUGAAGUCCUGAAAGUAAUGAAAUCUGAAUACUGUCGGUCCAACCAAGCAAGACUGACAGUAGAUCUUAAUUUCCUUGAAAAAGAGAUCAAGUUUCAGAGAGAAAGAUUGUCAGUUCUGAAGCAAACAAGGCAUAAAAUAAAGGAAGAUCUUAAAACUAUAAGACAUUCGAUUAUUGAAAAACAAGGAGAAUGGCAUACAAAGUGGAAAGAAAUUCUUGGUCUUUCUCCUUUCAGUCUAAUCAGAGGUUCCACUUCAGCUGUGGAUAUUUUACCACCUAUGUCUCCCCUUUCAUUUGAUCCUGUCUCUGAAGAAGUAUAUGCAAGGAGUAUUCUUACUCAGUAUCCUGCUUUAUUUCCAGAUGCACCUGUGCAACAAAAUCAAGAAAAUGAUUGCACAAGAAAUGGUCAUAUAUUAGGAGCUGUAUGUGACUUAUCCAACAGUUCUGAUUCUUUCUUGCAACCAGCUUCAUCAUCAGAUAGAAGUAGCACUAAACUACUUGAAACGGACAUGAAAAUAAGCAUUCCUAGAGAGAAAAAUGAAACCAUUUCUAAGAGUACACCAGAAUUUGAAGAGGAAGACUCUCUGUCAUUAAAUACUGUAAAGACUAUAGAGAGUAGUACUUUUGGAGGUUCUCUGCCAGCUAAAAAAUGUGAUCCAUUUCAAAAAGAACAAGAUCAUCUGGUAGAAGAGGUUGUCAAGACAGUGUUAUCUGAUUCACCACAAUCCUCUGAAGGAAGAGAAAUAAAAUUAGAGGAGCUAAUUGAUUCUCUAGUUUCUAACCCAUUCUUAACAAGGAAACAAAUUCCCCGAACUCCAGAAAACUUGAUAAGUGAAAUUAGGACCUCCUGGAGAAAGGCUGUUGAAAUGGACAAUAAUGGAAGUACAGAAUCACUUCAAGAGGAUACUGAACAACAUGGAAAAUUGUUGCCAGAGUCCUCACCAGUGUUACAUACUCCAAAAGAAUUUAGCGUGGCUAGUUUUUUCUCAGAGACCACUGUAUCAAACACUAGCCAAUCUCAUUUGUGUGAAGAAAGAGUUGUUUCAGAUUGCCUCAAGAGUGUGCCUCAGAAACAGGUGACCAGUUACAUAAAUCAAUCAGCAACAUCAAAUGAAUCAGAUUUGCUAAACAAGAAAAACAUGGACAAGCAAGAUUUGAAUUGUUCAGUUUCACAGAACAAACAAUCAGAAACUAGCCAGACUCAGCCAUUUUCCCCUGCUGUGGGCAGUAGGAAAGAUGAGAUAGGUAGCUGUGAAGGGGAGUAUGAUAAAAUAUUAGAUUGCUCACAAGCUUAUCAAGAACCUUCCAUGCAUAAAUCUGUGUUAUCGGACUCUUUUCAAAUAUCACGUGGAAUUAGUUCCAGUUUAAGAGAUACUGAUUUGGGCAUAUUACAUGAGACUUUCCCAGAAGAAUUAGAUAAUGUAAGUUUUAACAGCUUCAGCAGUACAAGGGCCAGUUUUCAAUUGGAUCCAAAUAGUCCUGUGCCCAGCAACAUUUUCCCCAAAGAUGCUGUGGGUGAAGGACGGACUACACCGGAAUCAGACUUCAGUUUUCAGGCAAUAUGCAGUAGAAAAUAUCUGUCUAAUACGGAAGAAACUUCCCCUUUUAACCUAGAAACACUUGAAAGACACAAAUUAGAAAUGAAUCCUACUUUUCCAAAUAUACAAACAAGUAAUAAGGUUAACACUUUGGACACUCAAGAUUUGCAUAUUGACUAUACAAAACCUUCUUUACGUAUGUCCUUUGGUGAAAGAAAACGGUCUCUUUCACCACUGAUCAAAUUUUCUCCAGUGGAGCAGAGAUGGAGGUCUACAAUUCCAUGUAGUCUUGAUGAACUGUAUAAUUUAGAAGAAGAAGAAAUCCAGAACAAAAUCCUUGAUGGAGGCGAUCCUCAUCGGACUUGAUAGGAUGAAAUAGAAACCUAACUAAUUGGACUGUGAUGCACUUGAAUUAAAGCAAUGUCACAGGAUAAAACUUACUUAUAACUUAAAUAAA